AUGAUCAAGGGUGCGGACCGCAAAUUCAAGAGUGAUCCAUAUUUAAAUGGAGAGCAAGACUUGCUGCAUAGCGGGAACACACGCUGCACUCACAGCCGAACGAUAUCAGCAGCUGCUACACUAGUGGUUGACACCGUAUUUAGCAUAUUAGGGGGUGCUUUGGAGGUCGCGGGAGAUCGUCGAGGUUGUGCCGGCCACCUUCCGGGAGCUGCGCCUCACCACCCGUUGCGGUGA